AUGUGGCUCAGACCCCUGAUCAAAGGAAGUACCUUCAAGAGAAACUUCCGUAACAAAUGUAAGAACCAAACAUACCUGUGCUACGAGGUGGAGGUCUGGGAGGGCAACGCCUGGGCCCCAGUGGAGGAGCUCCAGGGCUUCCUGCGCAACCAGGGUGCUGACACACACAGGGAACGCCGUCAUGCAGAGUUGUGCUUCCUGGAUCGGGUCCCUUGUUGGAACCUGGACGGAUUGAAGAAGUACAGACUCACCUGCUACAUCUCCUGGAGCCCCUGCCCUGACUGUGCUCUGGAGCUGGUUCAAUUCCUGGGCUUGAAAAGCAACGUGAGCCUGCGCAUGUGCACUGCUGGCAUCCGAACCACAUUCCCUGGACAUGAGGAUGGGCUGCGCAACCUGCGGGACGCUGGGGCCCAACUCACCAUCAUGACCCGCGAUGAGUAUGAGCACUGCUGGGACACCUUCGUGGACAACCAGGGCCAGCCGUUCAGGGCCAGGGAUGAACUGGAAGUACACAUAGGAGCCCAGUGUCAGAGGCUGGAGAACAUUCUCUGGAAUCCAGGAAACUGAAGGAUGGACUCAAUCUCUCUAAACAGUCGGGGGUCUUCUGGUGAACGACGCAUCAAACACUUUCUUCAAGAAAUGAAAGCGCAUCACGUGCCACCAUCCCCAACUUGUUCUACAGAAACCAGCAAAAGGCAACAAAUGGGCUCAGAAGGAAUUUUUAAAAAUCUGAUUGAUUUACUUUUCAUUUAAAAAUCAAUGAUAUGUUCCAAAUACACACCAGUAACAUUCUA